GUUGCCAAACAGUUCGCAUUUCAACACUUUGUAAUUUUAUUUCUAGUUUCUUUCGUCGUCUUCAUAAUAAUCAAUUUUAUUCAUAUUACGGAUAACAUUUAAGGUAAACUGAUUAUGCCCCGCACCUAUUCCCGAUCUCCGUCGCAUUCGCGUAAACAUUCACGGCGACGGUCGCGAUCGAAGUCUCGGGACCGCGAUAAAUAUUCAAGCCGAAGCGAUUACAAUCAACGAUACCACCGUUCGGAGGAACGGUCGUCAAAAUCUCGUUCGGUGGCUACCUCGUCGUCAGCCAGAGGUAGCACGCAGCAAUAUUCUCGCCAUCAUCACCAUCAUCGAGAUCAAAAUAAAAAAUCAUCCACCAGCUCUGCAGGUGACUAUCGACGUAGAAGCCGUUCCAAAGAGCACAAUCGAGAGAGACGUGACAAUGAUCGGAAACGUUUAGACGGCCGGGAGAAGUACUCCCGAAAACGGACCAGCUCAAGCAGUUCAAGUAGCAGCAGUAGCGACAGUAGUAGCAGCAGCUCGAAAGGUUCUAAUUCAUCGAGCAGCACAAGUACUUCGGAAUCGAAGAAAUCUGCGGAUAAACCAGACAAAGAGUUCGUAUUUAAAUCCUUGGCUGACGUUCGUGAUAUCGAGCCAGAUAAGGCAUCAAUACUGGAGAAGCUUGACGCGGACGAAUUUGUUCCUCAAGUUUUCGUUUCAUCGAAAAAGCCGAACCCCGUUCAGGUUGGAGGAAACAUUCUAAUAGAUUUGGCUGCCCAAACCAUAAAGGUACCAAAGGCAGAGGAAGAACAGGCGAUUGAUCCGCUGUUUCAUCCGAAUUUUUUCGGUAAUGAUGACGAAAGGAUGUCUCAAUGGGUGCGUAAAUUGCUAGCAAUGCGACAAAACGCAUGAGGACUAACUUUAGUUAAUGAAAUUAAUACACAACUUUUUUACAAUAAAGUUUAUUCGAUUGUACUACGU